AUGGGGAGCAGUCCUCUAUUAACCCAUUUAAGAUCUUGCUUAAUUGGACUUCUCGUGUUGCGUAGAGACUCUGUUCAUGGCAACCAUGAAGUCCUCAAGAGAUCUCUGAGGAGGCUUCUCCUUGAGUGGCUUACCGUUCAUGAAUCUGUCGAACUUAUCAGACUCAGACAUGAUAACGUAAGCACCACCAAGAACACAGAAGACACCGAAAGACCAGAUCCACACUCUGGUAACGGUAACGAUGUCGUUCCAGUUUUGAGACCACCAUCCGAACAAGGUGAACAUAGUUGCAAUGAUAUCAACGAUGAACACAGCACCAGACAAUUGCCAAGAUGGCAUGGAAGACCAGAAUGGACCAGUGGCUCUGGUAACGAAAAUCAACCAGUUCUCAGUCAAGGAGAUUUGCAAGAACAAGACACCAUCGAUGGAACCGAAGUUCUGGAUGAUACCUCCCUUUGGCAAGAACAUGGUGGUCAAGGUGAUCCAGGUUCCGACAGCAAGAAUGACACCCAUAACAAUGGACAUACCCCAUAA